CUGAGAUAGCUUGGCAUCAAAGAAGAAAAGAGUGGGUCGGUGAUGAAUCCCAGAAGCCAAGGAGAAUGUAUAAAGAACCAGUUAUGAGGUUUUUUUUGAGAUGGAUAUGGUUGCUUGAAGCAAAUUCAAACCUGAUAUUAUGAUUGGCAUCAUGAUGUGAGAUGAAAUUGCUGGACCACAACCUAUGAGGACCUGCUCUUAUCCACUGAUCGUUUUCAUCAGCCAAUCCCAUUAGCUCAGAAGUGUUCACGCUCUUGAGGAUGAGAUGGGACAACAACAGAAAGAGCAAGCAGUACUGGGACAGCUCAGUCAUUAAUAUCAAUUUGAAUGGUGGAGCUGAGAGCAUCAAUUUAGAUGUGCUGUCAAACUUUGACAGAGUUUGAAUGUUCAAUCUCUAUCUUCUUGCCCCCUUGGAGAUAAGUGCUGUGAAACUUAAGGUAUCCCUCUAUGGGUAGAUUUGAUUUUAUUAUCCUGGGGCAAUUUGAUGGCUCUGUGUCUCCUUCAUGAGUGGUUCGCAUGAUGUGGAAAAGGUUUCUUUUGGAAAACCCAUCAUCAUUAUGCCUCUUAGAAUCAUGCAAAUCCUUCAAGCAAGGACUCCAGAUUCAUGCUCAAACCAUUGUUAAUGGUCUCCACCACCAAAUCUUCUCCAUAAGCAGACUCAUUUCGUUCUUUUCCCUUUUGGGUUCCAAAGAUGGUCUCGAUCAUUCUUGCCUUCUUUUCUCACAAAUUGAUUGUCCAAAUUUGUUCAUGUGGAAUACCAUGAUCAGGGGCUACUCUCGCAGUGAUAACCCUCGAGAAGCAAUUGUCCUGUACAUGUCUAUGAUAGCUAAAGGUAUUGCGCCACCCAAUAAUUUCACCUUCCCAUUCCUACUCAAUUCUUGUGCAAGGUUAUCCAGCCUAGAGCCAGGGCACGAGGUUCAUUCUCACAUAAUAAAACAUGGGUUUGAAUCAGAUCUAUUUGUUAGGAAUGCCCUAAUUCAUCUUUAUUCUGUUUUUGGAAAUUUAAACCUUGCACGCACUCUAUUUGAUGAAAGCCUUGUUAGAGAUCUUGUUUCAUACAAUACCAUGAUAAAAGGGUAUGCCGAAGUAAAUCAACCUGAAUCUGCUCUGUGCCUCUUUGGAGAAAUGCAGAAUUCGGGUAUUCUGCCUGAUGAAUUUACUUUUGUUGCUUUAUUUUCUGUUUGCUCUGUUCUAAAUGAACCCAAUGUAGGAAAGCAGAUACAUGCCCAGGUUUAUAAGAACUUGAGUUCCAUUGAUUCUAAUAUAUUGCUGAAGAGUGCUAUUGUUGAUAUGUAUGCAAAAUGUGGGUUGAUAAACAUAGCUGAGCGAGUAUUUAGUACAAUGGGAACUAGCAAAAGUGCUGCAGCUUGGAGUUCUAUGGUAUGUGGUUAUGCUCGAUGUGGAGAAAUCAAUGUUGCGAGGAAAUUGUUUAAUCAUAUGCAUGAAAGAGAUGUAAUUUCUUGGACAGCCAUGAUUAGUGGCUACACUCAAGCAGGGCAGUGCAGUGAAGCUUUGGAGCUUUUCAAAGAGAUGGAGGCAUUGGGCAUAAAACCAGAUGAAGUAACACUGGUGGCUGUUCUCUCAGCUUGUGCUAGGCUUGGUGCUUUUGAUCUUGGCAAAAGGCUUUAUCUUCAGUACAUAGAAAAUGGGGUUUUUAAUCGAAAUACCAUUCUUACAGCAGCUGUUAUGGAUAUGUAUGCAAAAUGCGGAAGCAUAGAUUCUGCUCUGGAAAUUUUUCGUAGAGUUGGGAAGAAUAUGAAGACCGGGUUUGUCUUCAAUUCCAUGAUCGCUGGUCUGGCCCAGCAUGGGCUUGGUGAAACCGCUAUAACGGUUUUCAGAGAACUGAUAUCAACAGGAUUAAAGCCAGAUGAAGUAACAUUUGUGGGGGUUUUGUGUGCCUGCGGUCACAGUGGGCUCGUCGAAGAGGGCAAGAAGCUAUUUGAGUCCAUGUUUAAUGCGUAUGGAAUCAAACCACAGAUGGAACAUUACGGUUGCAUGGUUGAUCUUCUUGGACGGUAUGGAUGUUUGGAGGAGGCUUAUGACUUGGUUCAGAAAAUGCCGUUUGAGGCCAACUCUGUGAUAUGGAGGGCUCUACUGAGUGCUUGCAGAACCCAUGGAAAUGUCAAAAUAGGCGAGAUUGCAGGGCAGAAGCUUCUUGAAAUGGAGGCCCGACAUGGAGCUCGUUACGUUCUAUUAUCUAACAUACUUGCUGAUGCAAACCAAUGGGAAGAAGCUAGACAAGUGAGGAAAGUGAUGGAAGAUCAUGGCAUCCGAAAGCCACCAGGAUGGAGCUAUAUAGAGCUGGGAGGAGCUAUUCAUCGGUUUGUAGCAAGCGACAAGUCACACCCACAAGGCAAGGAAAUUGAGCUGAUGCUCAAAGACAUGGCCAUGAGACUAAAAUCUGCUGGCUAUGUUCCCAAUACAGCACAAGUAAUGUUUGAUAUAGAUGAGGAAGAGAAGGAAUCGGUUGUAUCUUAUCACAGUGAGAAAUUGGCUUUGGCAUUUGGGUUGAUGUACUGCAGUCCAACAGAUACCAUAAGAAUAGUGAAGAACCUUAGAAUCUGUGCAGACUGCCACAAAGCAUUUAAACUUGUGUCUGAGAUAUACGGAAGAGAGAUAACAGUGAGGGAUACCAUGAGAUUCCACCAUUUUAGGAAUGGAUCUUGCUCUUGUAUGGAUUUUUGGUGAAAAAAAAAAAAAAUGUGCAGAGCCGUGAAAGACAAAGGCAGGCAAAUUCAGAAAGGUUUUUCCCUGGGUCUUUUUUCUACGAACGUGUUGAGAGAAACAUCAUCACGGAAAACAUGACUUGACCCGAGAACAUAACGACUACGAGAGAAAGCUGCCGGUCGUAGUCUUUGAAUUUUCUUAGGAUCUUUGUCUCUUUCAUUUUCUUAUUCUUCGCGGAGAUUUCCUAGUUUUCUCACUGACGACCUGGAAUGUCCAGUUGUCAUGUUUAUCAUUUAUGCCUCAAAUUUACCUUUUUCUGUGACUUUUAAGUCGUAAGUCUUUUAUUUUAAUUUUUUCAGUCAAAUUAAGACGCAUUGAAAAAUAUAUCAAAGCGACAGUUCUUUUCCC